AUGAGUAAAAACCCGGCUUACACCCCAUAUAAGCACUUUGAUGAGGUCCUUGAGCUCAAAUCCCAGUUUUUUGCCUUUGCACCCGAGAAAGAUGAGCGCCUCCUCGCGAUCAACAAGGUCAAGGCAUUGAUGACAAAGGGGAGAUUGCCACAUGCCAUAGAAUGCACAUCUUUGCUCACCUCCGCCGUGAUGAACGACCCAUAUUUCAGCGGAAAGGGAGCCACAGACUCGUCCCUCCUUAAAUUGACCUACACCAUGACGCUUAUCCGGUUUGUGAACGGGUUGCUCGACCCGUUCCAGCAGUCAACCCACGCCAUUCCGUUACACACGCUUGCAAAGAAUUUGAACUUGCCGACCUGGUUUGUUGAGUUAAGGCACCAGGGAACCCACGAGAGCCUUCCGAGCUUGAACAUGUUGCGGAUGGGGGCGAAGGAGGCGUUGAACUGGUUGUGGCACAACUACUGGUUGCCGUUGGACGAGGACAACCAGCGGGGCGUGAGCGUGGAAGAGGAGGAAAUAGACGAUAUGUCGCCACGAAUGGUGCAAAGGCGCAGCGAAAUGAAAGAGUUGUUGCGGGAAUACCGACGGAUCAAGCGCGAGAACUUGUCGCGGGUAUUCAAGUUCGGCGACUCCACUGAGACUGGCACAAAGUACUGGAAGGCCGUGAACAAGUUGUUGAAGCUCUAUAAUAAAGAC